CCAGACUUUGCAGGCGGGAGGCGGGGCGCCGAGCCCCUUCCAUCCCGCGCAGGCGUCGCCCCGCCCAGCCGGCGGGCUUCCGGGUCGGCUCCGAGCCUCGGCUCGGGUUCGCGGGUGGCAGCCCGAGCCCCCCACACAAACAGGUGAGCGCGCUCCGGGUCCAACCGGCUGGCGAGGAGGGGCCGCUGCCGUGCGCCCCUAGGUCCCGGGGAGGCCCGAGGAUCCGCGCCUUCCUGGUUGCGUGCGGGGCACCUAGGCCCCUCCUCACAGUGUACCCCCACCUGCGCUUCCAGACUCACCUGGCUGAUGUUGCUUUCCGGAGACGUCUAUGGGUCCCCCUUCUGCGAAUGAGGAAGGGUACAUCCUUGGUUCACUUUCUGGGGCCCCAGGAGGCAGGCACCCAAGUGCGGGGUGCUCCAAAGCCUCCGCGCAAGUUGGAGACCCAGCUGCCCCACAGGAUGGGGCUGAAGAGGCAGCGCCUACGGGGGAUGGAGCAGUCUCAGGGGCCGCCCUCUCCCCAGAACCCUAACCUGGAGCCUCCUGAGGCCCCUGGGCCCCAGCGCAGCAAAUACUUUUUGAGCCCAAAAGCCCACUCUACUCGACUGGGAUCGGAGUUUUUCGACCAACCUGCCACAGCCCUGGCCCGAGGGCUUCUAGGACAGGUCUUGGUACGGCGGCUCAGUGAUGGCACAGAGCUGCGUGGCCGCAUUGUGGAGACAGAGGCCUACCUGGGGCCGGAGGACGAGGCCGCCCACUCUCGGGGUGGCCGGCAGACUCCCCGCAACCGUGGCAUGUUCAUGAAGCCGGGCACCCUUUAUGUCUACCUCAUCUAUGGCAUGUACUUCUGCAUGAACAUCUCCAGCCAAGGGGACGGGGCAUGUGUCCUCCUGCGUGCACUGGAGCCCUUGGGGGGCCUGGAGGCCAUGCGGCAGCUCCGGAGCAGUGUCCGCCGUGGCACUGCUGGCCGAGCCCUCCGGGACCGAGAGCUGUGCAGUGGCCCCUCCAAGCUGUGCCAGGCACUGGCCAUUGACAGGAGCUUCGACCAGCGGGACCUAGCCCAGGAUGAGGCCAUGUGGCUGGAGCAUGGCUCCUCGGGACCCACUGAGACAGCAGCUGUGGUGGCGGCAGCUCGAGUGGGCAUUGGCCAGGCGGGCGAGUGGACCCACAAGCCACUGCGCUUCUACAUGCAAGGAUGCCCGUGGGUCAGCGUGGUGGACAGGGCUGCUGAGCGGGACUCACAGGCUGAUGAGAGCCACGGAGCUGGUUCUGAGCCAUCUGUAACCAAAUAAAGCCUUUAUUUCUGGA